AUGUUGGACUGUAGUUUCGAAGCUUACCAAACUCCUGUGGUUCCUGGGGCUUAUAUUUCACCCAGAGGACGUAGUAAAAAAUUGAUGAAAAAACAUAGAUCCAAGUUCGAGGUUUUAGCCCAAGUUGCCGGGAAAUACUCAGGCGAUAGCAAGGCCUAGGAAACAAAGAAGUCAAAGAACGAUUUCGUCGCAAGUAACUUUUUGGAGACAAUGGAAGCUGAGGUUAAGCCUCAACCUUGUCGGGAGAAACCUUCUCAGGUAAUAUUGUCUAAGGACUGGUUAGCUCUUGGUCCUUCCAUCACACAAGAAGAAAAUGUAGACAGGAAAAGAAAGAUUUUCAAAUUUGUUAUCGAAUCGUUGAAAAUCUCGGAGCUAUUGAUGGACAUUCCCGAAUCAGCCACGGUCGGGUCACUGAAAGUAGCGGUAUUGGAGGCGGUAACACGGAUUCUUAAGGACGGACUAAAUAUUGGAGUGCUUGUACGAGGUGAAACCAUAGUUGAUGACUCCAAAACGCUUCUUCAGAUUGGGAUUUCUCGUGAUGUUGAUGGAAACAACCACAACCUUAGCUCUUUGGGAUUCACGCUAGAACCGCAGAUAUCAGAAACAACAGCAACGUUAACCACUAUUUCUCCAAAAACGCGAUUUAGGAAACACAAUUAAAGCCAGUCCAUGGAGAGCAAUAAAACGAGGCCAGCUAAAUCUGUAGUUCAGGUUCUCAUGAAACCGCCUACGCAGCAAGAGAUGGUUCACCGAAGAAUCAGAAGGCCAUUCACUGUCUCAGAAGUACAAGUACUGGUUCAGGCCGUGGAAAGUCUCGGCACCGGAAGGUGGCGCGACGUUAAGUCUCAUGCAUUUGACCAUGCAAAUCAUCAAACUUACGUUGAUGUCAAGGACAAAUGGAAAACGUUGGUUCACACCGCAAAGAUAUCAGCAAGGCAAAGAAGAGGCGAACCUGUGCCUCAAGAGCUUCUUGAUAGGGUUUUAGCCGUUCACGCUCUCUGGUCACCGAUGAAUAGGAACUCAAGAAGACAAAAACGCUCCUUGUAG